AUGCGUCAGACCUUGCAGAAAGCACAGGAGAUUACCCAGGUGAUCUCUGAGGCCGAAAGCAUUGCCGAGGAUGCAACCAAGUUCUGCGAAGCCAUCCAGGCGCAACACCUGGUCCAGUCGAAGAAGCUGGCACUCACUGGAAAGCCUCAGGCGACAGCGGCGACAGCCUGUGUCUUUGUCGCACCAGCGACGCCAGCCACGCCGUGCCGUGCCGGUGUGGACGACUCGUCGAAGAAACUGUCGAGUCGUUGGUGA